AUGGUCACUCCUCAACCCCGUAUUGUUGUUUCUUGUGGAUUUGGCAAAGAGAUGAGCUGUCAGGAGAACAACACGGGUCCCAUGAGGGUGCUGGUGACCGGAGGGUCCGGGUUGGUCGGCAAAGCCAUUCAGCAGGUGGUGAGAGAAGAGGGGGCUCUACAAGGAGAAGAAUGGUUUUUCCUUUCCUCCAAGGAUGCAAACCUCAUGAGCCUGGAGGAGACCAAAGCUGUGUUUCAGAAAUAUAAACCAACACAUGUCAUCCACCUGGCUGCUAUGGUUGGAGGUCUAUUCAAAAAUAUGAAAUGCAAUCUUGAUUUUUGGAGAAACAACAUUCACAUCAAUGACAACGUGCUGCAGGUGGCUCAUGAAGUUGGUGUAGUGAAAGUUGUAUCCUGCCUCUCAACAUGUAUUUUCCCAGACAAAACCACUUAUCCCAUCGACGAAACAAUGAUCCAUAACGGUCCACCGCAUGAAUCAAAUUUUGGAUAUGCUUAUGCAAAGAGAAUGAUUGAUGUUCAUAACAGAGCAUAUUUUCAACAGUACGGACGUUCUUACACUGCUGUGAUUCCCACAAAUGUUUUUGGUCCCCAUGAUAAUUUCAGUAUCGAGGACGGCCAUGUACUACCUGGGCUCAUACACAAAGCUUAUCUCGCCCAUAAGGAUGGAAAACCUUUGGUUGUGUGGGGAUCUGGAUCUCCAAGGCGACAAUUUAUUUACUCUUUGGAUUUGGCUCGACUUUUCCUGUGGGUUUUAAGAGAUUAUCCAGAAGUAGAUCCCAUAAUUUUAUCUGUUGGUGAGGAAGAUGAGGUCUCGAUCAAAGAGGCGGCCGAAGCAGUUGUGCAAUCUCUUGAUUUUAAAGGUGAAGUGGUGUAUGACACAAAUAAAUCUGAUGGCCAGUUUAAGAAGACAGCCAGCAACGCCAAGCUUUGCCGUUACCAACCAAAUUUCAAGUUUACACCAUUUAAACAAGCUUUGAAGGAAACGUGUGACUGGUUUGUAAAAAACUAUGAUACAGCCCGUAAAUAA